CGCCUCUCCCCUUGGUGUUUUGCUUUCCAAGAGCUUCAGAGGUGGAGGAGCCCAGGUGGUGACCCUGGGGGCAGCAGCCCCUGGCCUGUGCUUGGCCCCUGCACCAGCCCUGCUGUGGACUUCUUGUCCUUGUGGGUUGUUGUCAUCUGUUUUCUGUGCCUCAUUUCUUCCCUAUUUUAGUGGCGUAGCCAAAGGCAACAAGCGCUCACGGGUGGGUCUGGGUGCUGCAGCCCUGCUCCCGGGCACAAGGUGGACCUGCAGCACAAAAUGUGGGCUUGCGGGCAGGCUGCACAGGGAACAAAGGUCUUCCUAGAAAAUGUGAAUUAAACAAAUAACAUGUGUUGCUGAGGCUUGAAGAAGUAACUGAUGUUUGGUUUUGUUAAGGGGGUGUCUAAUGCAAAUAUUUACUGUAUUCAUCAAAAUUCAGUUACCCCCUUUUCUCUUUGGGGAGGAGGGAGAAGCUGGAUUUUGCUGCAGAGCUUCUCUAAACUUUAUAUCUCAGCCAUAUGCAGUUUGUGUUUUUAAUGUGACUCAGUGUUACGGUGUGGGAGAGGAUAUCACCGUGGUGACUUGGUUCCUGUUUUGCAGCAUAACACGACGGUUAAAGGAAGCAGAAAUACCCUGCCUGCAAACGUGGGGAAACGUGGGGGGCAGGAGGAGAGGUGGGGAGGAGAUGAAGCGCUGGAAACGUUUUGUUUUAUAACUGUGACCAAAGAGCUAGCGCCAAGGAAAUGGACAAGGCAUACCUUGGUUAGCAGCAGGAAGUAAAGGCUGUGUGUGUGUAAAACGGUUUAAUCCCUUAAUGAGAAAAAUAUAUCCAUGCUGCCCAUGGUUGGGAGAGCGGAGCAUGGAGCUGCGUGAACGCUUGUCCUUGUGCAUGAUACCUGCCGGAGACUUUGUCCUGAGGACGCCUGGGAGCUGGGAUGGGACCUGGGAAUGGCAGUAGGGUCGGGCCGUGAGGAGCAGCAUGGACCUGGACGUGCUGAACAUGUUCGUCAUAGCCGGCGGCACCCUGGCCAUCCCCAUCCUGGCCUUCGUGGCCUCCUUCCUCCUGUGGCCCUCGGCACUCAUCCGGAUCUACUACUGGUACUGGCGUCGAGCGCUGGGUAUGCAGGUCAGAUAUGCCAACUACGACGACUACCAGUUUUGUUACUCCUACAGAGGGAGACCUGGCUACCGGCCGUCUAUCCUGAUGCUCCAUGGCUUCUCAGCCCACAAGGACAUGUGGCUGUCCAUAGUCAAGUUCCUCCCCAAGAACCUGCACUUGGUGUGUGUUGACAUGCCUGGCCACGAGGGCACGACCCGCUCGGCCUUGGACGAUUACUCCAUUAUGGGACAAGCGAAGAGGAUCCACCAGUUUGUGGAGUGCAUCAAGCUGAACAAGAGGCCCUUCCACCUGGUCGGCACCUCCAUGGGUGGGAACGUUGCCGGAGUGUAUGCCGCGCAGUACCCAGAGGACAUCUGCAGCCUGACUCUUAUCUGCCCUGCAGGUCUGCCGAGUACCACUGACAGCAAAUUCAUCAAGCAGCUCCGGGAGCUGCAGGAGUCCGAGCGCAUCGACAGGAUCCCUUUAAUUCCCUCGACACCCGAGGAGAUGGCCGACAUGCUGAAGCUCUGCUCCUACGUUCGCUUCAAGGUGCCACAGCAGAUCCUCCAGGGCCUGGUUGACGUCCGCAUCCCACACAACGAUUUUUAUCGGAAACUGUUUUUAGAAAUCGUGGAUGAGAAGUCCAGGCACUCCCUCCAGGAGAACAUGGGCAAGAUCAAAGCGCCGACGCAGGUCAUCUGGGGAAAGCAGGACCAGGUCCUGGAUGUUUCUGGCGCCAGCCUCCUAGCGAGCGCCAUCCCAGACUGCCACGUGUCCAUCCUGGAGAACUGCGGCCACUCGGUGGUGGUGGAGCGGCCACGGAAGACGGCGAACCUCAUGCUGGAGUUCCUGGCGCUGCUGCACAGCACGGGCAACAGCAAGAAGCAGGCGUGACGGGGCUGACGCCGUGCCUGGGAGUCGUAAGCUACCGAAGCGUCGAUGAGUUCUCAGGGAUCUUGUACAAACCGUGGUUAACGUGCCAAAGUCCCUGAGGCAGGCAGAGCCACUGAUACACGAACCUAUAGCACUACUGACGCACUGAUCUAGGACCUCCGAGCAACCUUCGUAGAUGCAGGAACAGGAUCCGCACCUUUUCUACUCCUAGGUAAAAGUGAGCUGAGAUGACAAAACGCUAGCCAUGCAGUGCGCUGAAGCUCCCUACGCAGCCCAUGUUAUCCCAGUUAGCUGCAGACAGCUGUUAAUGACCUUUACCUGAGGUAUACAAGUGCAGGAAGGGGGCAGCGCCCUGGGCCAAGACUCGCUGUGCCCCCCGCACCCAGACCCCGCGUUGCAUGCCGCCGUGCUGCGAGAACCCGUGCUCCAGCGCAGCGCCCUCCGUGUAGCUCCUUACCUUGUCGGUCACGCAGAACACACGAGAAAAACGCGUGGAAGGCGGACGGCUGUGUGUGCAAACCUGUUUACACUUCUGGCGAGUGGAUUUUCUCCAAUCCCCGAGCAGCUCCUGUGCAUGUGUGAUGCCUUAACAGCCCCCGGGCAGCCUCCGCGUGCGGCCAGCGCAGGGGCGAGCGCGUGUCUCGGCUCUUUUCUAUCCCGUCGUGCUGCUGAACGCUCCGAUGUAAAUAACAAACUCCUUAAUGAAUUCCGUGAAUUCUGUGAGUGGUGACGGUGCUGGAAACGCGUGGAAGAGGGGGAAGCGUGGUCGCACUAACCGGUGGCUCCAGCGCGCCCGCGAGGCUCCCGGCACUUGUAUUUCCGAGCCAUUUUCUUGCCGUCGGUCCGAGGUACUACAACCUGUACAUAUAUUUGAAACUCCCCGGUGGUUUCUCUGCUCUUUUUGAGAGAAGAAACGUUUGUUCUUUUAGAAAAUUAGAAAUUUGAUGUUAAUUGCUUGGUUAUUGUUUCUACUACAGGAGUUGAUUUAAAAAUAAAAAAACAUUGAUAGUUUUGUGUGGUAAAAGGCAGAAAAAUUGUUGGAUCUCUAUGGUUUCUCAUAUGCCACAGAUUGCUGUAUUCAGGGGAUUUAUAUGGCUAUUAAAAUCUAGUAAUUUAAAGAGCG